AUGACAUAUGUGCCAUCUGUAUUUGGCAUGAAUCAUCUUAAUUUUGCAACAAGAGAUGAUAUUAUGAUUGAAAAUGAGAAUAAUUAUUUUAAUGUAAUAAAACGAGAAAUUGAAGAUAGACUAGUUGGAACAGCAUCAGGAAAACGUGCUGUUCUAGUGUUUUUUUCCCCUCCAAAACAAAAAUUAAAAGAAUUCUAUAAUUCAACAGCAUUAGAUUCAUUCAAAGACUCAGUUAUUUAUCUAACCGAAGAAGUGUCAUUAGCAGAAAAAGAAACUCUAAUUAAACCAGCCAUUGCAACAGGUCAAAGUUUCAAACAGUAUAAUCCUCGAAAGCGUGCACGUUUCGGAAUAAAAACUAUUGCACUUUGCGAUUCCACUAAUGGUUUUUUGCAUAAUUUUGAAAUUUAUACUGGACAAGAUACAAAUAAAUGGGCUGAAAAUUUUCCUGAUGCUCAGACACUGCCUGUUCCUGAAAGAAUUGCGAUACAUCUUGCAGGCCAUCUUCUAAAUAAAAAUUAUUCCAUUUAUGCAGAUAAUUGGUUUCUUAGUGUACGUUUAGUGAGAUGGCUGAUUGAUCAUCGUACAACAAUAACAGGCACAAUCAAAAAAAAAAUCGAGGUUGUUUAUUUUGCAUUUUAUCUAUCUAAUAAUAUCUAUAUAUGA